AUGUCCGAGUGCUACGCCAGCUGUCCUGCCUCGACCGUCACAAUUCAGCCACCUCCUUUUGUCCUAAAUAUUCCAGGACCAGCAUUGUACUGCCCUGACCAAGCCUUUGGCAUUGAACAACACAACCCAUGUGCAGGCUUUGGUGGCAUGGUGGGGAGAGGUGGCGGUGGCAUUGGCAUUGAGGGUACUGUUGGAGGGAGCAUGGGUGCUUUGGGCCCUGGAAGAGGAGGUUGGGGUGGUAGCUGGCGUGGUGGGAGUGGAAUAGGGAGUAGGAUGGGUGGUGGUUUGGGUCUUGGUGGAGUAGGAGAUGUGGGCGGUUUUGGACAUGGUGGUUUGGGCACUGGAGGACCCACAGGUCUGGGCAUUGGAGGGCUUGAAGGACCCAGAAGUGGUGGUCUGGGCAUCGGAGGAGUAGUUGGACCCAGAGGUAGUCUGGGCAUCGGUGGGCCAAGGGGUACCACAGCAGGUUGGAGUGGAGGUAGCGGAGUAGUGGGCACUGUUGGUGGUCGGAGAGGAAGUGUUGGAGCUGGGGGCUCUACAGCUGGUUGGAGUAGACAUCGUGGAGUAGGGGGCACGAUGGGUGUUCGGAGAGGCAGUGUUGGGACAGGCAGCAUCACUGAGGGUGAUUUAGGCACUGGGGGAGUUGAGGGCACCGGGCAUGGUGGUUUGCUCUCUGGUGGAACAAGGAUCACCACAGGAGGUUGGGGUGGAGGUAGCAGAAGAGGAGUUAGAGUGGGGGGACGGAGAGGUAGUAUUGGAACUGGAGGCACUAUCUGUGGUGGAGUAGGGAGCAGCACGAGUGGUCGCAGAGGCAGCAUUGGGACUGGUGGGCAUUAUGGCCUCAGUGGAACAAGGGGCAGUAUGGUAGGUGGUUGGACUGGUGGCUGCCGAGUGAGUGGAAGCCACCGAUAUGGCGGUAGCAUUGGGUACGGCGGUGGUGGGUAUGGUGGUGGAUAUGAUGGUGGAUACAGCAGUGGUGGAUAUGGUGGUGGAUAUGGUUCCUCUGGAUAUGGAGGUGGUCAUGGUCACACAGGAUAUAGUUCUGGAGGAUACAGACGGAUCGGGUACUCUGCUGGUGGAGGGGAUGGAUACAGAAGUGGUGGAUUCAGCAGCAGAUCUUACGGAAGCUCCUAUGGAAGGACCCUGGCCGUGAUGCCAGGUCCUUCAGACAUCUCCUCCUAUUAA